UGAGCCGGUACAUUCAGCAAUAACGGAUCCGUUUAUUUACUGUAGGAUGUAAAUACAGAGAAAAAUAAUCACAGCAGGUUUCACCAUGCCUGACGAGGAAGUCCGUCAGAGGAAGGGAGGAGGCCGCAAAAAGUCCAAGAAGGGCAAGGCCAAGGGACAGAGCGGCGCUCUCAACGAGCGGACGAGCGGCCUAAACGGACACGAUGAGGUCCCGCCGCCCCCGCUCGUCCCGGCACCCAAGAAGGUCGUGGAGGAGAAAAUGAAAACGGUGCAGGCCAAAGUCGAGGAGGAGUCGUCCGUUUCCAUUUGUGCUCAGGUGCUUCUCCCGUACCUGCUGGCCGGGAUGGGCAUGGUGAUGGCAGGCAUGGUGCUGGACAGUGUGCAGCACUGGGAGGUGUUUAAAGUCAUCACCGAGGUGUUCAUCCUGGUUCCGGCUCUGGUGGGUCUGAAGGGGAACCUGGAGAUGACUCUGGCCUCACGUCUCUCCACCGCCGCUAACACCGGUCAGAUGGACGAUCCUAACCAGCAGUGGAUAAUGGUGACCAGCAAUCUGGCGCUUAUACAGGUCCAGGCCACGGUGGUGGGGUUCCUGGCCGCUCUGGCCGCUGUAGCUCUGGGCGCCGUGUCGAGAGGCGGAGUGGAGCUGGAUCAGGCCGCGGUUCUCUGUGCCAGCAGCGUGACUACUGCGUUCAUCGCCGCUCUCUCGUUAGGGCUGGUAAUGAUCGGCGUCAUCAUCGGCUCCAGGAAAGUGGGCAUCAACCCGGAUAACGUGGCGACCCCGAUCGCCGCCAGUCUGGGGGACCUGAUCACGCUGUCACUGCUGGCGGGCGUCAGCAGCACCCUCUUCCAGUACAGAGAUCUGUGGUACCUGUCCCCCCUGGUGUGCUUGUUCUUUUUGCUCCUGAUCCCUCUGUGGGUCGUGCUGGCGCGCCGCAGCCUCCAGAUCAGAGAGGUCCUUCGCUCCGGGUGGCAGCCGGUUUUAGUGGCCAUGUCCAUAAGCAGCUUCGGGGGGCUGAUUCUGGACAAGACUGUCAGCGAUCCCAACUUCGAGGGCAUGGCUGUGUUUACACCCGUCAUCAACGGUGUCGGUGGGAACCUGGUGGCCAUCCAGGCUAGCAGGAUCUCCACCUACCUGCACUUCUGGAGCAUCCCCGGAGUUCUACCCUACAAGAUGAGGCAGCACUGGCCGAACCCCUGCGUCACCUUCUUUUCUGCAGGAGUGAACUCUAAGUCUGCCAGAGUUCUGUUCCUGCUGGUCGUGCCGGGACACUUGGUGUUUCUGUUUGCCAUCGGGUUGCUGCAGGGAGGCCACACCACCAUCACCCUGCCGUUCACCUGCUGCUACCUUUGUGCUGCUUUGAUACAGGUGGGUAUCCUGCUCUACGUGGCCGACCUGAUCGUCCGGCUGACGUGGAGGAAAGGUCUGGACCCGGAUAACUUCUCCAUCCCGUACCUGACCGCGCUCGGAGACCUGCUGGGCACGGGGUUCCUGGCCCUCUGCUUCCGCCUGGUUCUGCUCGUCGAGGGACUCGGAUUGUGAUCGUGUGCAGCGCCUCCUGUUGGUACCUGUAGAGUAGAACCUCAUUCAGAGGCACCUGGGUGACCAGGUAGACCGAGGGGUCUAGCUGAAGGUGUGAGGAGUCCUCUGGUGGAGAAGCAGGAGGAGUCGGCAGGGUCCAAAGCGGAGUCCACUAUGAAGAACUGUUUUUAUGUGUUUUUAUUAUUAUUAUUAUUAUUAUUUUAUGAUGUAACUAAAUUAAUUAUUUUAUAUCUUCUAUUUAUGCAUUUUACGCCCAGUUUUCGUCCCAAUCUGGUCGUAUCCGUUUCCUCUCCUGCUGCCGUCCUCCACUCUUACACGUGUGCUUUUUUCAUAUGGAGACCCGUAUGGCGUAUGGAGAGCAGAUCCCUGACCUUAGCCCCACUCAACAAAUCUGGAAGUUUUCAAUAAAGUGUACAAUAAAAUA